AUGAAGUCUCCUGGAGAGCUCCUAAAAAGCUCCAGAUUUGCCUUUUUUUUUCUGGAAAAUGCCUUAGCCAAAAAGGCCAGGAUUUGGAAAGGGCCAGUUUUACAGAAUCUCAUCGUGAAGGGCACAGAUAUCUCUCUGUCAGGUUACAAAAGAGUGGUUCUCAGCUCCCAGUUCCAGUUUUAAACGCUCGCCUUAGCACCCAGCAUCUUCAACAGGAUGUUGGCAUCAAUAAAGGCCCAAUUAAAAUAUCUGCAAUGCAUUGCAAUUUCCUGCGUUGUCCUUCAGCAAAAAACAAUGAAGAUGAGGUCUGUAAUACCAUCAGUGCAGAUGCUAGUGGUGCAGAGCAGAUGUAAACACUCUUCAGCCAAGAUCUUGAGAAUAGAAAGAAUUAUACUGGAUAAGCUUCAGUGGGAUCUUUACACAGCAACACCAUUGGAUUUCUUAAACAUUUUCCAUGCCAUGGUGAUGUCCAGCUGGCCCCAUCUCCCACCCAGACUGCCUCAGAGGAAUCCUUCCCUCCACGUUGCACUCUUGACCAAGCAGCUGCAGCACUGUAUGGCCUGCCACCAACUUGUGCAGUUUAAGGGCUCCACGUUGGCUUUGGUGAUCAUCACCUUGGAGCUGGAGAGGCAGACUCCUGGUUGGUUUCCUGUUAUUAUUGAUCUGCUAAAAAAAGCACAGGUAAACAGCCCUGAAUUCAUCCACUGCAAAGAGCUUGUGGAUCAAGGGUUAUUGUGCUUGCAGCCACUCAAUGCUGUUUAUAUUUUCUAUCCCAUCAGUCAAACUGUGCAGGGCCAUCCCAAGGCAAGGCUACCCUGCCUUACAUUACCCUUCUGAAUGGAAGAGUUUCCAUCAAGGGAGGUUUCA